AUGCAAUUAGCGAUGAGGGAUCGGAGGUCCGAGCUAGUGGAAGAGUCCACGAAGAUGAUGUGCAAGGCCCGAACUCAAGACGACGAUGAGAUCAGAGGUCGACAGCCGAUGACGGACCAAACUCCCUCGUUGAUUUUCCUUUGCCUCCGCAAUAAGUCCCUCAGGUCUAAAGCUAGGGUUCGCCACAGAGGAGCGAGAGUAGAGGGAGGAGGCGGGGGAAUCCUCGCCGGACGGCGGGAAGUCAAAGGGUUGGUGUUGUAUGGGUUUUAA